AUGGGGACAUUUAGCUAUAAUGUUAACUCCAUAGAAGGAGAUGUUUAUAUCCAGAGAUUGUCCACAUACAUAAGGAAGAACGAAGAAGCUUUGGCUAAUGGGUUGCUUUGUUUUUCCAAAAACAGAAACACUGGCCUUAAAGUACAACCCCUUCGAUUAAGUUUCACCAUGCAUCAUUUAUACUAUCUCAAUGAAAGAAUAGAUUCAUCACCCUUGGAUGUAGACGUGGGACCGUUGAAUGUCAAGUUGGACAACCCUAACCAAGAGCCAACUUUCAUAUCCUUUCUUGCUAACAAUGCCCGAACUUCAAAACAUUUCGAUAGUGACACUAGAUCCAUAACUUCAAUGAACUCAGUCAAGUCCAUAGUUUCCAAUGCUUCAGUUUAUUGGAGAUCUUUUGCAUUCAGCAAGGACCCUAAGGUCAUCAAUAAAGAUAUCAAGUACUUGUACUCUUCCUUCACUAAAGUUCCGUGUUUGAUCUUAAGUCCAAAGACACACAUUAAUAGUAUUAGUUCAUACGAAGAAUAUCCAUGUGAUACCUCAGUUCCUGUGAAAAUGUUCAAGAACUUGCAAGUAUUGGAAAUUAACGAUUACGAACCCAAUGAAAUAUUUGGUUGGCAUAUUUUAAGUGAACAAUUGCGAAUAUUGAUUAUAAGAAAAAGUAAAGUGAGCAAUAUUGGAGAAGUUUUAUUCAAUUUGGUUAUAGAUGAUGAGUCAGGAAGGACAAGUUUCAAUUCAUAUAGGCAGAAUGGACGUAGACUUACUGAAGUUGGAAACAAUUCCCAUUUCAGUAGUGCUGAUGAUUCAUUUAGUGAAAUUGCAGAAUACCCUCAAUUCCAAAACAAUGCAUUCAGAUAUAGCAAACCAGAAAUAGCAAAUGGUGGCUCACAUUGGGCAGGAGCUGGCUCUUUACCCAAAGAUUUAGAAUUUCAUGACAAUUAUACUGGUAACAAAGACUACGAAAUUCUCCCUGAUUCCAAAUGGGCUUGCCUAAAACAAUUGACUAUUUCAGAAACAUCUAUUUCUCGAGUGCCUGCAUAUACAUUAAAACCUUUUUCCAAUUUAGUGAAACUUAACUUGUCAAACAACUUGUUGGAAGAUUUACCAGAAGGGUUAGAUCAGUUAGUUAGUAUCAAAUACUUGAACUUUGCUGAUAAUUAUAUCACUUCUUUAAAGAAAUUACCCAAGAACUUGCUGCAAUUGCUUACCCUCAAUAUGAAUAAUAACAAGUUGACUGAUUUGACUGGGUUGGAGAAUUUGCUUUCCUUGGAAAAGAUAGACUUAAGAAGGAACAAACUAUCAGAGAUAAAACAGUUGAAACCAGUUGUAUCAUUAUUCAUGAAACAUCCAGAUAAAUUCAACAGUGUCUACUUGUCACAAAACAAACUCCCAAAGAAUUAUAGAGGUGAAUUAUUCAAUUUAUUCAAUGGAAUAAAGUAUAAGAACUCCAUGAAGAUUGAUGAUUCCAGACCAGGAUAUUUUGAGAGCGCAUUAUUACUUGAUACUGAUGCAGCAAUCAAAAAUUUAGAGAAAUUUCUUCACGAAACUUCCAAUAGACGACGCCUGGUACUUACAGUGUCGGUAGAUUUGGAUGCGGAAUUUAAUAACAGCGGGAACAAGACCGGGGAAGAAGAAGAAGAAGAAGAAGAGCAAGGGACCCCAAAUACAACCGUUGUAUUAAAACACAAGGGUGAAAAAUUAAGUCCCAAGAAGGAUACUUUGCUUGAUUCCUUUUCGACUUUGAAAAUAGUAAAAGAAGUCGACGAACCACCACCUGUUCCAAGCAAACAGUUUGAAUUAUCACAUGCGGCACUUUCCAACCUUUUGCAUUCUACUCCGACAUCUCCUUUACAAGGCAAUCAUAAUAUUUCCAACCAAUAUAGAUCGUCAUCUCAAUAUGCUACAAAAUCAUCAAAGCCAGAAGUUAACUCGAUACCCAGACAACCGUCUAACCUACCACCGACCAUGAAGCGUUCAAAUACUCUUCCUCAACUAGAUCGAGAAAGCUCGAAUAUUGCCCCCAAUAUCGUCACUCAAAUCCAGGUGACGGCGCAUAUGACCUCAUGA